CAAUCCAAUUCCCCUGAGUAUUUCACAUGAUUAGUUCUUAUUCCCAAGGGAGCAAGGUUCUUUGUUCUUUUUGAGACACUAUUUCGAUAUCACUUGUGGAAGUAUAUGCCGUCGUGUUAUUUCAAGUUUUGAUCCCUUGCUGAGACGUCUAAAGAGAUAAACUACUGGCUCUUUUAGCAAGAAGUCAUUUCAUAAUUUGGCGAAUGUUAUUUGAUGAUUUCGAUGCUAGAAGGACUCUCAGCUGAAUAUCACCUGGCGUGAUCUUCUUCAUCGGCCUUUCUGCAAGGGAUGAGAGUAAGUCCUUAUUCUUCACACACUAGGAAGAACUUGAGCUUGGGAUACGAAGAACUGAAUUAAGCACUCAAGCUGUUCACUUCAAGAGCUGCUUUCGUCCUCAUCGUGUUUUCAAUUGCAUUCAUUCUCCCGACUGGUGAGACGCGAACUGCCGGAGAGCUCGGUACUUGUCUUGUCUACAAUCUAACCACCUGGCCGAUCUGCUUAACUUUGAACUCAUAUAUUGGCCUUUCGAGAAGACUGAUUGGCCUGCAUUUGAGCUGACACAUUCUUCAGACUAUACUGCAUUUGCUGCGUAGCCCUUAAAAAUGGCCGAUCAAAAUACAAGGAACAUACCAGGCCCGGCAACUGAAGCAGGAAAUGAACAAAGGAACCGGGGAACGCAAAUCCGAAAAGAAAUUAAGAUCGCCCCAAGUAGACCACCAAAGACACUGAGCGGGGCAGCGAAGAGGAUUCAACGAGAACUGGCUGAAAUAACGCUUGAACCGCCACCUAACUGCAGUGCGGGCCCAAAGGGGGACAAUCUGUAUGAGUGGCAUUCAACGAUCCUUGGUCCCCAAGGAUCUGUGUAUGAAGGAGGUGUAUUUUUCCUUGAUAUUCAGUUUUCAUCUGAAUAUCCUUUUAAACCACCAAAGGUCACCUUUAGAACUCGCAUUUACCACUGCAAUAUAAACAGCCAGGGAGUGAUUUGUCUGGAUAUUUUAAAAGAUAACUGGAGUCCAGCUCUGACCAUUUCCAAAGUUCUUCUUUCUGUCUGCUCACUUCUGACAGACUGCAAUCCAGGUGACCCACUUGUUGGAAGCAUUGCAACACAAUAUGUCAAUGACAGAGAAGAACAUGACAGGAUUGCCAAGGAAUGGACGAGGAGAUUUGCGACAUGAUGACAGAAAUAUAAAAUGCUGAGUAACUAUUUAUUAAAACCAUUUUAAUGGGAUAUUUCAGAUUUUGAUAGGGAAAGCAAGUGUGGCUAAAUAGGUUAUAUUACUGAAUAUGUUAAUCUUUUCUACGUAAUUAAUUGAAGUUCUUAAAUUUGUAAUCGCUCAAUUUAGUUUAUGCUUAAAAAAUAAUAUUUAUAUUUAUACUGCUUGUACUGUUUAUGUAUUGCCUGCUCAUGAGGCCUGUUCAAUUCUUAAUUUCCUGACAAGAGGAAAGUUUCAUUUAAAUAGUAUGCUGUUAUGCAUGUGUCUAAAUUGAUACAAUUGAGCACACUCUAUUUCUUUUUAUUUUGGUCAGAUUGGUUAUAAUAUUUUGCAACCAGACCAGUUUUAACCUUCUGGUUAUUACUUGUGAAUGAAAUAAUCUUUUUCUUUCAGUUACUCUAAUCUUAUAGUUUAAAUGACAGCUAAAAAUGGCAGGAUAAUUUCCAGUGAGUGGACAAAAUGAUUGGUUUCAGGGAUGCAUUCAUUUAAAAUGCAUAUGAAAUUGUGUAAAAUUUCAGCUGCAAGAUUUUGUUAUUCAUUCAACCUCUUUGCCUAUUUUUUUUUUCUUCUUCUCCUGCUCCAGCAUUUUGGUAAUCAUAGAUGGCUAAUCUAGAUUGUUAGUUUAUAUAUGAGGGAAAUACUAAGAUUGUAAAGACUGCAUUGUUGUACAGAAAUAUUAAUUUUCACCAGUAUUAAACUAUUUAUUUUCAACUGU